GAGCUAAGGACUAGGCUUUGGAGAGCUUUAGGGGACCUUUCGGCGGGACCAUCCCGGGACUGGGAGGCCCACCGCGUCUCGUGGCUCCCAAAAGUUUUGUGGGCUCGAGAGGGGAAGCGAAUUGAUUUUUCUCGAGCGCCCACUGAUUGUUGUCCAAAGACCUAGAAGGCGAACCCGCAUUAAUCAUUGAGUCUGCCCCGCAACUACUCAGCGAGGCUGCUUUGCUCGCGCCCACUUUUCAGGUGGGGGCGCCCGGCAGGCGAGGGCACCAGCCCCGGGCUACAAAUCCUGCUGGCGGAUCCAGUGCAGAUUCCUCGGCGCGGUGCUGCCUCCUAGCGCGGGAAGCGCUACGCCGUUGCGACCGUGGCCAGUCCCUGGAGGCCCAGGCUCCCCGGCUUGCUUCCUGCUUCCCAGGGACUCUGCCCCACCGAGAUCCACAAACCGGCCAGGGUUACAGGGUUGGGAGAAGAGCUCCUCGGGGACUUAUUUAUCACAUGCUUCAUGAAGGCUCUUCAGAUACAUUUGCCUAUUAACCAAAAACUUUCUUAUGCUUAAUUUCCCCCUAAAAAAUUUUUAAAUAAGCUCAGUAUACAUAGAACUGAAGUCUUCCUGCCUAACUCCCCCGCAAAAACAAACAAACAAACUGAAGUCUUCUUUGAUCACCAUCAUUCUCAUCCGGGCUGUUUUUACCUGCCACUGUUAACUGUCUCCAGGGCAGUUACAUUUUAUCUGAGUCUACUUAGUGGGUUUCCAAAAGGAGAGUGCUGAGGGGUGGGCAGUCUACAACGCUUGUUACAGUAACUCGAGUCUCAAAGAAUGUCACACUCCAACCGUCCCUAUCCCUACAGAGAAUGUCCAUGUUGAGGAGUUUUCAUCCCUUCCUGAGCAGCAGGCAAACACCAAGUAUAGUUCUAAAUUUGGAAAGCCACUGCAGAAGCCUGGGGUGCUGGUGGUGGUCUGCACAAAGGGCUCCCUGAGUAAAGUUUGCCAAACACUUUGAAACAUCCCCACAGCUUAAUGAGUGGUUAGACUGCAGAGUCUUUAUCACUAAAAGAAGUGAUGGUGGUUCGGUGGGAGCGGACAUAUAAAUGAAACAAGAUUGGCCCUGAGUUGACUGAUAAUAGUUGAAGCUGGGUAAUUAUUACACGUAGGUUUAUUACUAAUUAUUCAUCUACAUUUGGAUGUGUUUGAAAUCCUCUAUUAUAAAGAACAUCAAAGAAAAGAGAAGGUGCUGGUUAUACUAACCAAGUUUCCUGCUUUGUUUUUUGGUUCAUUGAUUUGUACUUUGGUCUUUAAAAAGUUCCUUCUCUCUUUGCUUUUAUUUGAUUGUACUUAUUCUAGGUUCUUUUAGUACUUUUUUGUGUAUUUAGAUUAUUUUGUUUUCUCAUAAAUGCAUUUGGGCUAUAAAUACUCCUCUGAGAACUACUUUGGCUGCCUAAUACAGGCUUUCAUGUGUACACUCUCUCCAUUUCUAAACAGCCUGUGAUUUCAGUUUACAGCUGGUUAUAUUUAGUGACAGAGGGAUAAUCAAGGUAACAAGAGAUUGAGGACAAUAAACAUCCACAGCAAAGCUGGAGAACUGGAGGAAGCAAUUUUAAUUUAUUGACUCUUUCCUGUGAUGUUUUGACCUAGGAAAUCCUUUAUUACCAGAGCUUCUCUCUACCCAACAUUCUAGUUCCGAGGCAGAAUUCUCUAUUUUACUCCAGGGUGCCAGAGCCUUCUGCUUAAAGGGCACCACGAUGAAACUGAAGAAAGGAUCGUUUCUGUGGUACCUCUAUCUGGACAAACUAUACUGCUUAUUAUCCGUGAGAAAUGUGAAGGCCUUGGUGGAUUAUUUCCACCUUCUUGACGUGCACCGCAAGAACACCUUGAAUGAUAUACUGUUCUACCACUUCCUUAAUCAUGUAACUGACUUGAAACGGAAGCAGAUCACAACUGUGUUCAACAUGCUGGACUGGAACGCCGAGGGCGAGAUUGGUUUUGACCAGUUCUACAUGCUGGUUUGCAUACUGCUAGCGCAGGAGAACCACUUGGGAGAGCAAUUUAUUUUCCGCCAUUCCCGGCCUGUUUUUGAGCUGCUUGACGUGAACGGGGAGCUGAAAAUUGGCCCAGCCAACUUCCACACGUACAACUUUCUCUUCAAUAUUAGAAAACAGCAACUUAGAGAACUCUGCCGUAACUUCGACAUCUCAGGUGACCGCCGUAUUAAUUACAAGGAAUUUAAGCUGUUUACUAUCUUCUCCAUGGACAAAUACCAGGAGAGGCAGAAAGCAAAGAGAGAGAAGAAAGAGAAAGCUCUCAUCAAAAAGAAAGCGUCACGUCAAGUUAAUGUGAGCCCAAGAGUGAGUCAUGGAAUAAAUGGAUCUGAAAGUUUAAGUAAUUACAACUUUUAACAUAUCUAAAAAUAAACUUAGAAC